AUGGCUGUGUUACCAAAGUUCAAACCGAUAUCCGACGCGCAAAUGUCGAGAAUCAGUGAGAUUUUAAGAGAAAUUAAAUAUAGUACAAACGUACAUAGUACAAAUAGAUUAAGGAAAGGCCGCCUAUUAGACAGUAGUGCGCAGGCGAGCGCUGCGCAGACAGAAGUUAUAAAUGAAAAGGCCCAAGAGCUGACAUUGGAUAGACAGGACGAUAAGUGCUUCCAAGGUGGAACCUGCGAGUUCUUUAUGUACUGCUGGAUGGUCGGCGGCCUGUUGGAUGGCUCUUGUGGAGGCUUGUUAAAAGGGUGCUGCCAUAGAAACUCUAAGGCCGGAAUCUUGGGAGUUCAAGACUCGAAUAACCUAGAUUAUUCUUCGAGCGAGGGACUAAGCUUUGGCCCCGUUAUCAAUGACGAAAGUAAGUGCUCACUUAAGCGAGUUGCAGUUGUGGUUGAUGCGACGUCGCGCUGUCACGCUAGAAAU